AAGCGCGUCCCCAGGGGGGGAAGUGACUGGGCCAAGGUCAGCCACCGCGUGGCCCACGGGACAGGGCGAAGGCAGGGACUGGACCAGUUGGCGAUUCCUGAGGCCUCCCUCGCCGGUGUCGAGGGGAUCAGGGUGGAACCCCGCCCCUCUGACACCCCACCCCGACUCCCAGUUCAGGGAGAUGACCCCAAUUCAUGUGGACGAGUGCCCCUGGGACCUGCAGAAUCGGACAGAAAAGUGACCCACAGACACAGAAGGCAGGAGUGAGUGGAGGCAGAAGCUUUUUCAGUCGCAGCCAGACCCUGUGGCUGGCACUAGAGACAGGGUGCAGGGAGAUAACAAGGGCCUGGAGUCGGAUUUGCGGGCAGAGACUGAGACCUGAGCAGCAGAGUCGCCACCCCAGGUCACCAGACCCCCGAUAGAGAGGCCUGGGGGCUGUGUGAGCCAGGGAAGGCAUGUUGUCUUCAGCUGGGUCUGGGGGAUGGGCAGGGCUUUAGGGAAGGAAUGACUUGGUCUGCUUUUUGCGGUUUCCUGGUGCCAGGCCCCAUGUUGGGCAGUGCUUACGACCCAUUUGGGGAUCUGAUUGGCCCCGGCCCCGGGAAGCACAGUUGCGUUGAUCCUGGCUUAGCUCCUCUGUAAGACUGUAAGCCUCUUUGGCUAAACCCAGCUGACAUUCACCUGCCUGCCUCUGCGCAGUUCCCCUGUGGUCCUCCUGCCUCGGCCCCAGACAACAUACAGAUCAGAUUCCUGUUUGCUUAUCUCACCUCUUAUCCAUCCAUCCAAGCUUCAGCAGAGCUGAGGGAUGGAAAGGGCUCAUCACCCUGCCUGGCCCCUCCCUGGCGCAUUGCCAGAGUUUGUGCAGGCACUGCGUUGUGUUCCCCAAGAGCACAGGGACCAGGCAGGCCUGGGUUCAAGUCCUAGCCCCACCACUCACCUCUGUGGCCUUGGACGAGUAACUUGGACGAGUGUCUUCCCACCGGGACAGAGUGAGGGUGGUAAUAAUAGUAUUGACCUCAUCGGAAAGGUUCUUAAUGCUUUUAUUUUAGAGCCAGAGCAGACCUCAACAGAUGUGUGUGAAAUACAUGGAAAGGGCUCUGGAGCCAGGGGUUCCUGGGCCCUGGCCUUGGCUCUGUCUCUUCCACUUCUGUGACCUUGGACAUGUCACUUCCCUUUUCCCAGGUUUAAUUUCCCUUCAGUUGCUUAAAAAAGGAGAGCAAGGCCAUUCCCUGAAUAAACGUAAUCCAUCCAGGCUGCCGCACUGGCCAGGCCCCAUGCUGGGCAUGGGGUUAUGCGUGGUCUUGGCACAACACUGUCCUGUGAGGGCCCAGAUGAGGUGCCUGGCCCAGCCUGGGUGAAGAGCAGAGUCUCAAGCCCCCCACCCCAAUGCAAGCGCAAGGGACCCAGACAUGGAGCUGCGGGAAGAGGCGUGGUCUCCGGGGCCGCUGGACUCUGAGGACCAGCAGAUGGCCAGUCAUGAGAAUCCAGUGGACAUCCUUAUCAUGGAUGAUGACGACGUCCCCAGCUGGCCUCCCACCAAGCUGUCCCCGCCCCAGUCCGCACCCCCAGCCGGCCCCCCUCCCCGGCCGCGGCCGCCCGCCCCCUACAUCUGCAACGAGUGUGGCAAGAGCUUCAGCCACUGGUCCAAGCUGACACGGCACCAGCGCACGCACACGGGUGAGCGGCCCAACGCCUGUGCUGACUGCGGCAAGACCUUCUCGCAGAGCUCUCACCUGGUGCAGCACCGGCGCAUCCACACGGGCGAGAAGCCCUACGCCUGCCUGGAGUGUGGCAAGCGCUUCAGCUGGAGCUCCAACCUCAUGCAGCACCAGCGCAUCCACACGGGCGAGAAGCCCUACACCUGCCCCGACUGCGGCCGCAGCUUCACGCAGAGCAAGAGCCUGGCCAAGCACCGGCGCUCGCACAGCGGCCUCAAGCCCUUUGUGUGCCCGCGCUGCGGCCGCGGCUUCAGCCAGCCCAAGAGCCUCGCGCGCCACCUGCGGCUGCACCCCGAGCUGUCGGGGCCCGGCGUGGCAGCUAAGGUGCUGGCGGCCAGCGUGCGCCGGGCCAAGGGGCCCGAGGAGGCGGCGGACGGCGAGAUCGCCAUCCCGGUGGGCGACGGCGAGGGCAUCAUCGUGGUGGGCGCGCCGGGUGAGGGGGCCGCGGCCGCAGCGGCAGCCAUGGCAGGUGCGGGGGCCAAGGCCGCGGGGCCCCGCUCACGGCGCGCCCCGGCCCCCAAGCCGUACGUGUGCCUGGAGUGUGGGAAGGGCUUCGGGCACGGGGCCGGGCUCCUGGCGCACCAGCGGGCGCAGCACGGGGACGGGCUCGGGGCGGCGGGUGGCGAGGAGCCGGCGCACAUCUGCGUGGAGUGCGGGGAGGGCUUCGUGCAGGGCGCCGCGCUCCGCAGACACAAGAGGAUCCACGCGGUGGGCGCGCCCGCGGUCUGCAGCAGCUGCGGACAGAGCUACUACCAGGCCGGCGGGGAGGACGACGACGACGAGGAGGAGGAAGAGGAGGGUGUGGGUGGGCGGUGCCCUGAGUGCCGCGCUGGGGAGGGCCGGUAGGGAUGGGGGCCCGGGGGCGGGCAGGGCCCCUCGGGCUUGGCGGGAAUGACCACCAUGUGCAAGACCAGGAGACCCAGGGAGAGGUGGUCAAGGGUGCGAUGGACCCCGCGGCGGGUGUCCGGGGUCCCCGUCCCUUUGCCCCCUCACUGUCCACGUGGGCACCGGGGGUGUCAGGGCCAGUUCACUUCUCCGCCUUGACACUCUGCCCCCUCAGCCUGGCCCGCCCUCCCUAAGUUCUCGGCUUGUGAGCCAGAGACGGACAUUGGCAAGAACUGUAGCAGCCAGGGUCUCAAACAGCAAGGCCUUUUUCCUUCUCCACCCCGGGGGCAGGGUGCUGCAAGGAAGGGAGAAAUCAGGCCCUUUGCAGUUUAGAGGUUCCCAGAGAGGGAAGGGAAAUAGGGGCCCCUUUUUAGAAUUUUCUUUAAAUCAGCCCACCUUUUGACUCCCCCCGCCUCCUCCCCCAAAAUCCUUUAUUUUUUUUCCUACCCUCUGGGUCCCAUCGUUUCUUAGAGCUCAAGUCGUUCCUUUUCCUCCUGGAUUCCAGUAGCACAGGCUGCCCCUGUGCCCAGCGAAGCCCCGCAGGGGCGGGUGCCCAUUUGUCCCUGGCCUGGGUAGGCCUGGUGGAGGAAGCGGGGGUAGAUCAAUAAAUGGCACUAUCCAAACGUC